AUGCAGAAACUGCGCUCGACCUUCAAAAGGUCGCGCACUCCUACGGGAGCAGAAAUGAAGUCCCAAUCUAGCCUCGAGGUACCCAAGCAGAUCAGGUCGGCCUCCUUUGACGAGAUACAAUUGCAGACGAAGCGACAGGACGACCGUACCUCCUCAUCGUCCUCCACGUGUUCUCCGGCGAGAUCGCAAGACUCGAUGCGCGGCAGGAGGGGCUCGUCGACUCUAAAAGUACCUCAGCUGACCGGUCAGCGUUCCAAAAGCUUCGAUGCGUACUCUGCGAGUUCUACUUCGUCCCCGAGCCAACUUCCAGCAGGUGGAAUUGAGCGACCGGAAACUCCAACCAUACAAGUCUCCGGGUGUUAUCACUGUGCCUGCGUCGAGGAGUAUCGGAAUCUCUGGCUGGCCGAGGACACCUCCAGAGAAGAGGUCGAUGACGAAGAGGUCCAUGAGGCCGAUAGCUCAGAUCUCUCCGAAUCGGAGGAUGACACUAAGAGGGAGGGCAGUCCAGAGAUCCUGGUCACCCUGACAUCCGAUGACUCGUGCGAGUCACAAUACGUCCCAUCCGAGGCAACAAAAGACACCCCUCCCGAGCCGGACUUCGAGGUCAGACCAGAGUUCCCGGAGAGGCAGCGCAGGCUGUCCAGGCAGGAGGCCUUGACCACCUUCCCCCUGGAGCACCUUUCCGCUGUCGUGUCAACCUCAACUGCGUCAGAAGCGGACGAUGACGACGACGACGAAGAGAAUGAGUCCGUCGAGCCGUGUAGAUCCAAGUUCGUCGUACGUGACAUUUUCCUGACCGUGCCGGAGCUGAAACGAGACCGCGCCGCUUCCGUGGACUCGUGUUUCAAUAACAAUAAGAACGGCGGCGUAGUCGACGCGGACUCGUUGGCAGUGCCGCAACAGAGCAUUAGGUCGAAGAGCGGCGACAUCGUGCUGCCGACGGACGCGAGAACGAGGUACACAGCGCUGCUACCUGGAAAAGAGUCACGACCUCCGAUAGGAGGAAGAGAGGAUAGUGGAGAAGAUAGUAGAGACGGGGGUAGUUCGAGUGGUCAUCGUGAACCUCGGUCGACUCCAGAUUGGGGUCCAAAUGCGUUUAAUGGGGAACAUCUUUGGGUGCCAACCGCUACAUCCGGUGAUUUCUGUUACGUUAAUGACUGUUCUAAACAUGGACCCCGGUUGAAAUGUCCGGCUUGCCGUGUAGUGGCUCACGCCUGUUGCGUCGGAGGUCUAGAGUUCGCUUGCAAGCCGAGCUUUCGUGAUGUAGGUGUACGUCAGUACCGCGAGCAAACGACAACUCAUCAUCACUGGGUUCAUCGACGGUCGCAGAAGGGCAAGUGUGCCAACUGCGGCAAGUCUUUUCAAUCGAAGCUCAGCUUCAGCUGCAGGGAAAUCGUAGCGGUGAGCUGCAGUUGGUGCAAAGCCGCUUAUCACAAUAAAGAGUCGUGCUUUAACGUACAGAAAAUAGGCGAGAGCUGCGAAUUGGGCAGUCACGCGUCGAUCGUGGUACCGCCGUCAUGGAUUGUGAAACUUCCUCGUAAAGGUAGCUUCAAGAGUAGCUUGAGAAGAUCGCCCAGAAGAAAGAAAUCUAGUGAUGGCUCUUACCGCCGGAAAAACAAAGAAAAAGAGAAGGAACAGAAAGAGAAAGAGAAGGAAAAAGAUAAGGAUCAGGGAGAGUUGUGGAUUGUCAAGCCUAUUCCGACGGCUACGGUGAAGCCGGUGUUGGUUUUCAUAAAUCCGAAAUCCGGCGGUAAUCAGGGAGCGAAAUUGCUACAAAAGUUCCAAUGGUUACUCAAUCCAAGACAGGUUUUCGAUUUGACUCAGGGCGGUCCAAAAAUGGGAUUGGAACUCUUCAAGAAGGUUCCAAAUUUGCGCGUGUUGGCUUGUGGCGGCGACGGUACGGUCGGUUGGGUUCUGUCGAUUCUGGAUCAAAUCGGCGCUUAUCCAGCGCCAGCGGUUGGAGUACUUCCUCUGGGUACUGGAAAUGAUCUAGCGAGAGCAUUGGGAUGGGGAGGUGGUUACAAAGACGAGCCGAUCGGCAAGAUCUUGACAAGCAUAGGUGACAGUGAGACCACCCUGUUGGACAGAUGGCAACUGAAGGUCGAGAGGAAUCCCGACUCCAAAAACGACGACGAUGGCGGCAAGGGCAAGGAAAAUCUACCACUCAACGUUGUUAAUAAUUACUUUUCCCUCGGUGUGGACGCUCACAUCGCCCUCGAGUUUCACGAAGCACGAGAGGCUCAUCCGGAGAAGUUUAACUCCAGAAUGAGGAACAAAUUGUUUUACGGACAAAUGGGUUGCAAGGACUUGUUACUCACAAAAUGGAAGGAUCUCUCGGAUUUCGUGACAUUGGAAUGCGACGGUCAGGACAUGACACCGAAAUUGAGAGAGCACCGGGUCCAUGCGAUACUGUUCUUGAAUAUCGCUUCUUACGGCGGUGGGACGCAUCCGUGGAGUGCGGGAAGUGGCACUAGAGAACCCGCCAUGGACGAUGGCUUGAUCGAGGUAGUCGGCUUGACCACAUAUCAGCUGCCUCUUCUGCAAGCACGUGGACACGGUACAUGUAUAGUACAAUGCAGCACGGCCAAACUGGUCACGACAAAAACUAUACCAAUGCAGGUCGACGGAGAGGCUUGUCGCUUGUUACCAUCCAUCAUAACUUUAAGUAUGUUAAAUAAGGCUACAAUGUUAGCGAAGAGAAGGAAUACGGGGAAGCCGCACCAACACAUAGCAAGAUUAGACAGACUAAAGUUGCCCGUGAUGAGGAUAAAGAUGUCGGAUUACGAGGCGUAUCAUCAUAAUAAGGAGAUGUUGAAGGAUGUGGCAGAGUCGUGUUUCGCGGAACCGGUUGAUCUUGACGCUGCGACCGAUCUAGAAAGUCUAAGGAAACUCUUGACGAAAGAUUAUAAUAUGGAUUCGUGCUGUUUCCUUGACUCGUGCACUGCGGAAAGAUUCUUCAGGAUCGAUCGCGGCCAGGAGCAGUUACAUUACGUAACGGAUGUCGCCGUAGACACUGUAUACAUACUCGAUGAAGACGCCACGCAGCAGCAAUCCGACGGCCAAGCGGGACCAAGUCAGAUCGUUGUAAGCCAGGAAGCUGCGCAAAUUCGUUCGCCCAGUGACGAACAUCUAAAGGAGAUGCCAGCCGUGACGGAGAAAACAAAUCGAUCGAACGAAGAUGCACGGGGACAGGAACAUCUCUCCGUCACCGGGAAGAUCAGACUUUCCAGACAGCCGGAGAGCGUUUCCGAGGGCCAGAACGGUGUCAGGCCGAAGAAUUCGGCGAGUCGGAACUCCUUGGAUGUGCCGCCGAGCGAGAACAAAAACGGCGAGUCGAACUCCUACAUAAGACGAGAGUCCCUGAAGCAAAACUCUCAUGUCGCAAUCACUCGUGCCGAACAGUCGCAACAUCAGGCUGACCGAUCUCUCGCUUUUAUCAGCCCUCGCGACAGACUCUUUGGCCUGAACUCGGGGGUUCACGGAUUCGCUACUGAAUUACUAGAAAGGAACUGCGAUGAGAUAUUGAGAGCAGCGAAGAUCGGCGAUCUGUCGACCUUGAAGCAGCUUCAUCAAAAAGGGUACUCGCUUCUGUCGAUCGAUGAAACUGGUCAAACGGCACUGCACCUGGCAUCGAGGCACGGACACAAGGACAUCGUCAGAUAUCUUAUUGCCUGCGCCCCACCGACAAUUUUAAACAUGAUCGAUAAUGAUAAAGGGCAAACCGCUUUGCAUAAAGCUGCCCAGAACAAACGUCGUUCCAUUUGCUGUAUGCUCGUAGCCGGCGGCGCCUCUUUGAUGGUAAAGGACCGGCACGGAAACACACCGCAUCAACUCGCGUUGAUCGCAGAGGACCACGAUCUAGCUGCGUAUUUGCAAAGUCAAGAACACUUUCAAUUGGCAACGGACGAGAUGGAGAGCGAUCUCUGACCUCCAGCGUUGAUCGCCACGGCCUGAACCGCCCUGAAUGAUUGUGACGUAAGAGCUGCUAUUAUCGGCAUUCUGACGUUUUUUGCGGCAUUUUUUCCGGCGUAACGUAACGUAAAUCGCCACGUGAUAAUAUGAUAUUCCUCGUCUGUCUAUUCGACGUUGACGAUUACGUGUUUGCCAAAUACUGACGUAUUUUUCUUGUCGAUACUUCGAAAUUUAUUCUCUAAGACACAAUUAUUAUACAUAAUUAUACACACAUACACGAAUACACGCGCAUACAUAUAUACGUACAUAGCUGUUUCCAAUCGAUAAUAAGUCCUUAUUUUUCUCACUCGUAAACUUGCUCGAGGUUUGUAGCUCUACUUAUAUUCGUAUACUCGGCAAGUGAACCAUUAUCAGUCAGGGAGCAUCUAAAAUUGCUCCUAAGACGAGCAAAUUUAUUUUUCGUACAACAUUUAACGUCUCCUCCGGUCCAAAGUGGGACAGUCAGUUUUGUAUAUGUAUACUUAUGUAUAAACACAUCUAUUAUAUAUUUGCGGAAAAGUCUACGACAGUCUCACUUAAAAACAAGUAAACAUAAUGGGCCAGUCAUUACGUUUGCGCGAUUAAGGGAUGAAGGACUGCUUGUGGAAUUCAGUUCAGUGAAACGAAACGUUAAAUCUGUGCCAACUGACUGUAAGUUAUGAAGGAACAACAAUGCCAAACGAAUAUUGACUGUCUCAUGUUGGAGUAUGUGCAAAAGUGUAUAUAUAUACAUAUAUAUAUAUACAUAUAUAUAUAUACGAAAUGUUCAUAGUCUUCACUCGGAAUGAGUGCUACAAGCGAAUCGAUAAUCUGUUAGUUUUAAUCCAGGGAAAAUAGAGGAUAAUCUUAAUGGGACAUCAGUAAAAACGAAGGUACAUUCUAUAAAUACCAAAAUGUGAAAAGGGAUCAACGUACGAACACCAAUUAGUAGUUAGAUGCAGUCUAUCAACAUUAUUGUACUAUUACUAUUACUAUGAUACUGUUAUUAUAUUUUUUGUCGAAUUGAUAUAAGAUCUAUGUAUAAUAUACGUGUAGAGUUUUUAAGGCGCUCAUCGCUUGGAUUUGCGCGUAUUUUAAAGAAAGGGUGCCGCUCACAAGUCAAUACGAUCGUGCACGCAACGAUUUCUUUCUUUCGCGCGUCUCAAUUGAGCCCAUUUACUUAUCGAUACUUUCUGUGAUUCUCUAAAAACCCAGUUUAUAUUCUAUUAUUUGAAUGUGUGUAAAGAUUUAAUUCGUACGGCGGCGAGUAUAUCCUAUGCCUUCAUCUUUUUCUAUUUUUUAUACUGAUGCUCAAUAGUUCGUAUACAUUUCGUUGCAAAAUGGUAGAGAAAUUAAUAGAAAGCCAAGAUGUAUCGAAUACAACGGCACGACUGAAUUACUUGUUGAAUUUUAAAUGACAGUGUACGAAGAAAAAUGUGUAAAGAAAAUUAUAAUUGUUACGAAAUUAUUUAGCUUCUUUUAUAAUUUU